AUGCUGAUGAAUGCGUUUGAGAUGAUUGAUAUGGGAAAUAUGGUAUAUUUUCUAUGGAUGGAUAUUCUGUACUCUGAUAAGGGUAUCAUUUUGCAUCAGCUAAACUAUGAACUUGAACUUCUGAAGAGAUUCAAGUUGACAAAUUGCAAGACUACAAUCACACAUGCUGAAAUGAAUCACAAGUUGGAUUCUGAUGUUGUGGGUGAUGAUGUAAAUGCUCCAAAUUUUAAAAUUUUGGUUGGCUCAUUGAGAUAUCUUCGUAACACCAGACCUGACAUUUGUUAUGCAGUUGGAAUAAUGAAAGAAGUACUUUUGGAUAUCUAUAAGUAUAUGGGAGGUCCCAUCUCUUGGUGCUAUGAGAAGAAACUAGUGGUUGCAUUGUCAAUUUGUGAAACUGAGUACAUUGCAAGUGUUGUGUUUGCGUGUCAAGCUAUUUGUCUGCGCGUCAAGCUAUUUGGCUUAUGA